CGAAAAAAACAACAUGGCAGCGCCCGCGGAACACGUUGAAACCUCAGAUCCUCCAGAAAUGGAUCCAGAACCAGAAGCUCCAGAGACCUCAGACCCAGAAACCUCAGACAGGGAACAGAAAGAGGAGGAAGAGGAGAAAGAGAAAGAGGAGGAUGAUGAUGAAGAUGAUGAAGAGGGGCCUCAGGAGCCAAUCAUUAGGGACACUCCAGCGGACAUCAAGCUGGAGGCCAUCGCCAACACGGUGGCUCUGCACCCGACCCGAGACCUGCUGGUGUGCGGGGACGUGGACGGAGAUCUGUACGCAUAUGCAUACUCCUGUACUGAGGGAGAGACCCGGGAACUGUGGUCCUCUGGACACCACCUGAAGUCCUGCAGACAGGUGCGUUUCUCUGCUGACGGGUUGCAGCUCUACAGCGUCUCCAGAGAUAAAGCGGUCCACCUACUGGACGUGGAGCGAGGGCAGCUGGUGACUCGGAUCAGAGGAGCUCACGGAGCCCCAAUCAACAGCCUGCUGCUGGUGGACGAGAACAUCCUGGCUACUGGGGACGAUGGGGGGACUCUGAAGGUGUGGGAUAUGAGGAAGGGGACGGCCAUCAUGGAUCUGAAACAGCAUGAGGAUUACAUCAGUGGCAUCGCAGUGGACGCGGCCAAGAGGAUCCUCCUCACUACCAGUGGCGACGGCACGAUGGGCGUCUUCAACAUAAAACGGCGGCGUUUCGAGCUUCUGUCGGAGAAUCAGACCGGAGAUCUGACCUCGGUGGCGUUGAUGAAGCGGGGGAAGAAGGUGAUCUGCGGCUCCAGCGAAGGAACCAUCUACAUCUUCAACUGGAACGGAUUCGGAGCAACGAGCGACCGAUUCACCAUCAAAGCUGAGUCCGUGGAGUGCAUCGUGCCGAUCACCGACAACAUCAUGUGCACCGCCUCCAUGGACGGGUACAUUAGAGCUGUGAACCUCUUUCCCAACCGGGUCAUCGGGUGCAUCGGGCAACAUGUUGGAGAACCUGUCGAGGAAAUCAACAAAUCCUGGGACUCCCGUUUCCUGGUUAGCAGCGCCCACGAUCAGCUGAUCAAGUUCUGGGACAUUUCGGAUUUAAAAAACACCAAGGUCACCGAGUACCGCAAGAGGAAGAAGAAAGACGGACGCAUGAAGUCGCUCACCAAGAAAGCUCACGGAGAAAACGACUUCUUCGCCGGACUCAUGGAGGAACCUGAGAAGAAGGAGGAAGGAGAGGAGGAAGGAGAGGAGGAAGAAGAGGAAGACAGCGAUAGUGGAAGUGAUUAAAAAAACUGGACAAACUGACUGUUGAUGAACUGAUAUAAGAACACAUGAUCACACACUAAAAUAUGAAGUGUUGGACUGUAAAAAGCUUUUAUAAAUUCCCUGUCAGACUUGUAAUUUAUUUACAUAUUCUCUGAUCAGAUCGUUUUUUGGUAUCAGUAUCAAAAAGCAGCUAUUGUAUUAAAAAAACACAAUAAUAACCAGCUCUAUGUUCAUAGGCAUUUUAAGCCUCUCUGCUGGGUUUGAGGAAAAUGUUUUUGUAAUAAACGUGUAAAUAUUUA